AUGCUAUCAAUAGUGGAAGAAGAUAUUACUGAAGCCAAGGAAAAGUAUAUAGUUCAUCAAUGCAAUUGUAUCACGAAGUAUGCAAAAGGAUUGGCAAAGCAAAUAUUUGAUAAAUUUCCAUAUUCCAAUGUAUACAAAAAUCGAGAAAGGUAUAGUGCUAAUAUACCAGGUGCUAUUAUAGUCUGUGGUAACGGAACCGAUCAAAGAUACGUUAUAAAUUUAAUUGGCCAAUUUAGUGCUGGAAAACCUACUAAAUCUGAUACUAUUGAGAAUAGAGAAGGAUAUUUUCAGUCAUGUUUAUCCGAAAUCGCUAAAAUUGACAAUCUUGAAUCAAUUGCUUUUCCAUAUCGAAUUGGGUGUGGAUUAGCUGGCGGAAAUUGGGAAUCAUAUGAGAAAAUGCUAAGAAAUUUUGCUGAAGAAGUCAAAGUUCCGGUUGUUUUAUACAAAUUUGAGGAAAAGAAGUAA